GAUUUCCUUCACAUCUCGCGCCAAACUCAAGCUCGUCUGGAAGUGUCAAACAUGUCUAAAAAGAAGGGACUUAGUUUGGAAGAGAAAAGAAGUCGUAUGAUGGAAAUAUUUUUUGAAACUAAAGAUGUGUUUCAGCUGAAAGACAUAGAAAAAAUCGCCCCCAAAUCCAAAGGAAUCACUCCCAUGUCAGUGAAAGAGGUGUUGCAGAGUCUGGUGGAUGAUAACAUGGUGGACACUGAGAGGGUGGGCACCUCCAACUACUACUGGGCGUUUCCCAGUAAAGCCCUGCACGCCCGAAAACGCAGAUUAGAGGAACUAGAGAAACAACAUGAGGAUGGAAAUCAACGUAAAAAAGCCCUUCUGCAAGCAGUUGACAAAGCCAAAGUGGGACGUGAAGUUAAUGAGGAGAGAGAGGAUCUCCUGAAGGAGCUCACAGCAUUGAAACAUCAGAGGGAUCAGCUAAAGGCUGAACUGGAGAAGUACAAAGAAUGUGAUCCGGAGGUGGUGGAAGAGAUCCGCAAGGCCAACAUUACAGCAAAAGAGGCCGUGUCUAGGUGGACAGAUAAUGUUUUUGCAAUCAAAUCCUGGGCAAAGAAGAAGUUCGGCUUUGAGAACAGCAGCUUGGACAAAGCUUUUGGAAUACCAGAUGACUUUGACUAUAUCAACUGACCAACAGUUCACAGCUUUUUGGUUCUUAUGAUUGUUUUAUCUGUUCAACUCCAUAAGCUUGAUUCUCUUACAUCAGUUUGUUUCACAAUUUGUUAUCAGUUCUGCAUGUUCGCGACAAAGCUGUGAUUUACUUGCGUUGUGAAGAGCGUGGCGUACGUUCUCAGCAGUGCCCCACCCUUGAAAUUUUAACCUUGUCUAGUCCAAGGAAAACUUCAAGAUUCAUUUGUCAGCAUAAAAGGGUAAACGAUGGUGAAAACGCUCCCGGUGUGUAAGCGGAGAAGGUGUUGUGUUAACCCUUGGCUGCUCAGAGAUGCACUCCAUAACCAAACUUACUGUUUGGACACCUGUUGAUAGAGAAACUAAGUCUCACAGAUGCUGCUGGGAUGAUAAAUUGAGGUGCACAUCAAAGGUCGAGUCAAGGAAAUUAAUCACUGAUUAGAGUUUGUUAAAGAAGGUGAAAAUUUUUCUGGAAAAAGAAAAUCUUGUUUCAGUAUAAAGUAGAAAUGUGUUAUGGGGAUGUCAUUUCAGAUGUUCAGGUCUCCUUAGAUGCUUAGUUUUUUUGUUUUAUUUUAUUUUUUUUUAGUUUGCUUUUUUCAUUAGUGGGAAUUUUUCACAGUGCAUAUUGUAUAUCUUGUAAAUAUGAAAAACGGUUAAUUGCUUUGUAAUAUGAUUUAAUAAAUGUACAGUUAUCAAGCAUAUUGUUUGUA